AUGGCAGAUGGGUGGACUGAUCGUUGUAGAAGAACUCUUAUCAACUUUUUAGUUUAUUGCCCCAAAGGAACUGUUUUCAUAAAGUCUGUUGAUGCCUCUGGUGCUUCUAAAACUGCAGACACAUUGUUUAAGCUUUUCAAGGAAGUAGUGUUGUAUGUUGGCCCAGAAAACGUUGUUCAAAUCGUUACAGAUAAUGCUGCAAAUUAUGUUGCUGCUAGAAAGUUGUUGGAAAAGGAGUUUUCUAAGUUGUAUUAG